AGGGAAGUCCAGCGCUAAAUUGGCAUGAGACGGACAAACCGUGUGCUGUAGGAAACUGCAUUGAAAAAGCUGCAACCAUGCUACCUCUGAUCGCUAUCCUGUUGGUCGCCUUAGUUACUGACGCUGCUCCUGGAAUUGGCUUAGGACUAGGUCUUGGAGGCUUAGGCCUAAACGGCGGAUUCGGUGGUGGAUAUGGCGGCUAUGGCGGGCUCUUGAGUGCUGGAAACUAUGCCAAUGGAUUCAGCCACUCCAACGGUUACAGUCAUGGAAACCACUUCUUGAAAGGAUUCGGAGGAGCUGGUGGGCUGAAACAUGGCCACCUGAAUAAACACUUCCUCGGCAAACGAAGUGCUGAUCCCGAACCAGGAUUACUUGGGCUUGGAGGCUUAGGCCUAACUGGUGGACUGGGUGGCGGAUAUGGUGGAUACGGAGGUUUAUUGAGUGCUGGAAACUAUGCCAAUGGAUUCAGCCACUCCAACGGGUACAGUCAUGGAAACCACUUCUUGAAAGGCUUCGGAGGAGCCGGUGGGCUGAAACAUGGCCACCUGAAUAAACAUUUCCUCGGGCGGCGAAGCGCUGAUCUGGAACCUGAAUCCGAGUAAGGAAUCUCGGUAGCCAUUAAGACAAUUCUAUCGGUGGAUGUUUACACAGACGAAGGCGGCCAUAACUAUCUUUAUAACAGAAGCAUGAGUUCAGACACAACUGAUAUCUGUCAAGUUUAAUUCUCUCCUUGUAUAUUAUACGUUCUCAUAAUAAUACAUAAAUAUUUUUUACAGCAAGUGAAA